AUGGGAAUUUUUGCCCAGUGGUUUAAAGAUUACUAUGACUACUGGUACUAUUAUUAUCGUUACGCACCGUUUCGUAUCUACGAACGAGUUGUAUAUACCGGAAGUUUAAAGGACUGGAAAGAGUAUUCAACAGUGGGAAUAUUUACACUUGAUGUCGACACACCAGUGACAACACGAAUGGGAGCUGGUAUAUUAACUGGAUUAAAAUUUGGUGCUUUUGCUUCCGCUAUUUCAUAUAGAAAUCAACGAACACGUUACCGAUUAAACAAAAGUGCAGCAUUUUUCAAAUGUUUAAAGCCAGGGGGAACACUUUUCGCCUGUAUAGUGGCAUAUAGUUUUUCUAUUCCGCUAGUGCGCAGCUUACGAGGACAAAAACGAACAGAACGAGAUAUUGAUUUUGAUAUGGCAUUAGUUGGUGGAUUAACGGGCUUAUUAUCUAGUAUAAUUUGGAUUCGUAAUAUUAAUUUUUUCUAUGUAGCCGUACCGUUUGUCUUUUUUGGCGCUGGUAUUAACUAUGGUUUGUACAAUGCGGCUCAUCAGGGAUAUGCUACAAAACCAUUCACCAUGGGUGGCUAUGCGGAUCCGUUACAUUGGAAACGUGGAAGUCUAUUUGGUCCGGAUUAUGAUGAACGCAUACGUCGUUUUGAAGCAUCAUUAAAAGACGCCAAAUACCGAGAAUAUUAUAAUGCAAAUUUGAAAACACAAUGGUGA